AUGUCUGUAGUAUUUGAAGUAGAAGAUCACUUUUAACUAGCUGUAUUGUCAGCAGUCAUAUAUUCAUUCGAAAUGAUCCUUAUUGGAUUUUUAAUCCCAGGUUAAAUGAGAGGCAAAGUAUUUACUUCAGAAUUUAUGAGAGAAAACUUUGGAAAAGAGCAUUUAGAUAACACAGGUUUACCUGUAGACAAUUCUUAAGGAUAUCCAGAUAUGGGUCAUGGAAGAUAUUCUGAUAAACUUCCAUAUGCAAAAUGGCUCUAAUUUGCAAAAUCAUAAAGAGUUCAUUAUAAUUUUCUUGAAAAUUGGGGGCCAUAAACAUUAUUCAUAAUAGUAGGUGCUUUAAAGUUUCCUAUUUUCUCUGCAGUUUUAGGAUUUGUAGCUAUUUUAGGAAGAUUGCUAUAUACUGUUGGCUAUAUGUUACCACAAGGAAGUUCUAAUUUUAUUAGACUGUUUGGAGCAAUAGCAGGUGAUAUUGUAAUGUUAAUAAGUUUUAUUCUCUCAUUUAUUGCCUGUGUUUAAGCUUACUAUAACUGA